GCAGUACGUCGCAGUCAGUCGCAGUGGUAACACGAGCGAGAGGGUAGUUGCACGCGCCUGCCUUCGAAAGGAAAGAUCUCGCGGUGAGGGAGAGGUAAAGAGAGAAAGAAGGAACCGAAAGAGAGAGCGCGGCUCCCCUUGCCUCCGUUUUCAGUGCUUCAGUCGCGCGACGACGCUCUCGGACGCUUUAGUCAGUCGGUCGGUGACGAAGCUUCCCAAACGUGAUCACGCGCCGUUACGUUACGUUACGUUACGUUACGUUAACGUCGUCCCAUCGAAGGGAAGAACGAGAGCGAACGAGAGGAAAGAGGACGAACGAACGAAUUAUAAACACGUAUAUCGGUUUAAAGAGACACGUGAAAAUAUAUAAACAGAAAUCACACGAGCAUAACGAGCGCCGACAUUGAAGAUUGUAGGUCGCGCUCUAUAAACUUCUACGAACAGUUCAGACCACAGUGCAAGAUAUUCGAGGAAAGCCGUUUUCGUCGGCUGGGCUUUAAACGCGGUGAAAGAAAGCGCGCGAGUGAGAGAGCGAUCGACGAAAGAAGGACGCGGCGAUCGUGGACGAGACGCGAGAUUACGAGUAGCCCACACGUUUCCAGUGUGCGAACCACACUCACGCCGUGCGUUCGUAUACACGAGAAAGGAACGAAGAAAGACAGAGCGAUCACCGGCGGAGUCAACGAUUUUAUUUUUGUACGGUGCAUCGUCGUUUAUUCCUAAAUACAUUUUCCUCGUGACCGACACGGUUCUCGGUGUGAACGACACUCUAGUCCCUCGUCCGAAAUAAUCGAGUGUGUGGUGUGUACACGCGUGUGUUUCGUUGUUUUCCGAUCGUUUCGACACGGACUCUAUCCACGUGGACGUCUCUGAACAAUUUCACCGUCUCGGCCGAAAAUUCAGCGACCAGCGUAAAAUCGUACAGCAGAAAAACGACAGGUUGUGAGGACGGGUCAGGAGGGUACUUACGAGAGGAGGAAUAGUGAGAAACUGUGUGAUUUACACCCAGUACGAUACACACACACGUGCAUAUACCGAUUGACUUUGUCAGUGCGAUAAAACGCGAAAUUUUGUCGAUCCAAGAUGCCGACGAGUUUGUUCAGCGAAAUGGACCGCGGAGCGAAUGGCGGUGCGGCCGCUUCCCUCGAGGACCAGCGAGCCUUGCAAUUGGCAUUAGAAUUAUCUAUGCUUGGUCUCGAGGGUACUCCCGUGUGUCCAGGGACCGGCACAGGUACCGGAACUGGGACUGCCAACGAUCCAGAUCCAAUGCAAACGACACCAGCAGGCGUUUUCGAGGAAGCGCGUUCUAAGAAGAGCCAGAACAUGACCGAGUGCGUGCCGGUGCCUAGCAGCGAGCACGUGGCAGAGAUCGUCGGCCGACAAGGUUGCAAAAUCAAGGCUCUGCGAGCAAAGACCAACACUUACAUCAAGACGCCGGUGCGCGGCGAGGAGCCUGUGUUCGUGGUAACAGGCCGCAAGGAGGACGUGGCCCGCGCGAAACGCGAGAUCCUCUCAGCUGCUGAGCACUUCUCUCAGAUCCGCGCGUCGCGCAAGAGCUCGCUGGGGGCGCUGCUGGGCGCGCCUCCGGGUCCCCCAGCUUCCGUUCCGGGUCACGUGACGAUUCAGGUACGAGUCCCGUACAGAGUGGUCGGUCUGGUCGUAGGUCCCAAAGGGGCCACCAUCAAGAGAAUCCAGCAUCAGACGCACACCUACAUAGUGACGCCCAGUCGGGACAAGGAGCCCGUGUUCGAGGUUACGGGCCUGCCGGAGAGCGUGGAGGCGGCAAGACGCGAGAUCGAGGCCCACAUCGCCCUGAGAACCGGCACAGGGCCCAGCGCGGACGAGUCCGAGUUGCUCAGCGCGUUGUACCGCGGUGGAUUGAGCUCGAUCCUUGGUUGCAUCGAUCCGCCAUUCUCGAACGGCUCGAACGGCUCGAACGGAUCGAGCGGAGCGUUCUCCAGCAGCGGAAGUUGCAGCAGCUCGUCGAGCAGUUCCGGAGCGGCUGGUCUGAACGAGAUCGUGGCGAUCUGGGGCGCCGGAAUGGAAAGGGACGAGGGUCUUGGCGAAUCGCCGUCGUUCGAGUCGCAGGCAGCGUCGGCGUCCUCGAUCUGGUCGUUCCCCGGCGUCGCGCUUCCCUCGAGGCCAUCGCCACCGGCGUCAACGAGUCCAGCGUCACCCACGGACUCCCUGUUGGGCGGAGGACGACGGGAAUGCGUUGUGUGCGGCGACAAGGAGGUCACCGCCGCCCUGGUACCGUGCGGACACAAUCACUUCUGCCUGGACUGCGGCAACCGAGUCUGCGAGAGCUCCGAUCCCAGCUGCCCGGUCUGCUCCACGCCCGUAUUGCAGGCGCUUCGUAUCUUCUCUUAAACACCCAACACCCGUUACGGAGAGACGAGAGAUCCUGCAGAGGCUCCCUUGCGCCGUGGCGCCUGGUGCACAGCGGCUAUAUAAUACCGAUCGUCGCCAUCGAGAUCAGCUCUUCAACGUCGCCGGCUCAUCCAGGAACGACGGCGCCGGAGAUAAAGAAAACGCCCAUCCCGAAUUUUUCCGUAUACAGCUCGCGUCCCCCGGCGCGUUUUGGCGCGCGUAAUUCCACGGCGACGUCGGGGGAGCGAACGCGCACAAUGUCUCAAUUCCACUGCUGCCAAUAACCUCUUCUUACGCGCCGGGAAUGCCCCGAUAUUAUACGGUCCUUGUCGCGUCGUUCCCGCCGACCGGAUACAACGAAGUCAGCUUUUAGGUUCUACGAGAUAUAUAGAACGAGAGAGAGAGAGAAACAUAGCUCGCUCAUUCAUUGUCAUCGUUUUCAUAUUUUAUCCCUCGAAUACGUAGAGACCGGGCUCGCAGGGUUCAACCAUCGUCCGAAAUGGUGUGUCGGAGCUCGUCGCGUGACGGACCGCUAACCGACCGAUCAUGGUACCACGGGAGAAGGACUACGUUUUACUUGGCCGUUCAUGGUUGCCUUCGAGACCGCCCCGUGGAAAAUGUUCGACCAGAGGCGACUGUUCGUCGAAGGAUUGGACCAAGUUUGGGGCUAUAUCGAUCGCGAUAUGACGUUUCGUAACAUUCCAUUCGUUGGUUGCAUUCGCGAUAUAUUUUCGUAUUUUAUGCUGACAAAUUCCUUUUUCGUCGAAGGCAGCCCGAUUAGUGAAACGGACGAAUUUAUCGAAUUUUUCACGACGAACUUGUUUAGCCAACGCUCUCGUUCCUUGUAUUUGUUUCAUUUAUAUACUAUUGACAAUCCGUAAGAGUUUAAGCUAUCGUAAUGUUUUCAGUAUCUUUGAAUUCUGUCCUUCUCGCCGCGCCGUAUCGACGUCGUGCUGCAAUCGAUAGUCGUAAUUUUCGAUUACGCCCAGUACUCCAUGCAACAUUAUGAAAUACUAUAUCAAAGGUGCUUAGAAACACUGAUAAAUGAAAUUUCUACGAGCUCUAUAUAUUUUUAUUUAGAAAGAAAAAAAAAACGUACCAAUCAUCGUAACGUCCCAUUUAUCGCGCUGAACGAUUAAUGAAAAUUACGAUUUUUACGAUGAGCGCACGAUAGAGACGAGUCGAUUCGCUCUCUCGAUCGCUAGGCUCUCGCGCGGUUCCCGCGACCACGUGACCGUUGACGGAAAGAUGACGACGUGUGAACAGCUGAUCCGCGUCGAGUGACGCCGAGAAGAUUCGAAAGACGAGGGAAAACCGGCGACUAUUCUUAACAUUCGCGAGAAAAUAAAACCCCGAGGAUCGGCAGUAAGAUCGCUCGAUACAUUUUUCCUAUUUGCAGUCUUCGCGGCUGAACUCGUUUCUAGGUUAGGUCACGUGAUCGUGGAACGCGUUCGGUGAUAAUCAAUCAAACAAUUUCGAACCUGGAAAGCAGUACAGGUGACGAAAGCGAAACGGGGGAAUGUCGAGUGUGCAUCCGUCGACGUAGCCUCGGUUGCUUCUCCGCCAAUGUCAGAGCGAAACGAGAUAAUUUUUUGCGUUGAUCGUCUUGGACCAGCGUCGGAAGGUCUGCGAUUCUCUGGUUACUUUUUUACCUCGCAUGGAAAAUGAGAAUAUCCCACGUGGGAAGCGACACCGUCGACGGAUGCAACGGAUAUCAAGGACUUCCGAGACCUGCGAGCUUGUCGCGCAUAACCGCAGCGAACGAUUACCGAAACAAUUAAUUAUACCCACACGGACGCAACUUACGAACACGUUCUCACACACCCAUACAUAUGCAUUUUUACACACGCCACAGGCGGACAGCCGAUCUCAUCGUACAGCCACACUUCACACGAGAGAAGAGAAUAAAAGUAAAAAAAAAAAAAACAAAAAAAAAGUAACACGGGCGAGAGAGGUCACGUGUUCCUCGAUCCGCCGCGAAAACCACUUAGACGAUAGUAUUAUGAAAGGAGAUGAAAAAAAAGAACAACGGCGUGCCCGUUCCACCCAGCCUCCCUCGCUACUAGAGUAUUAUCUUACCUUUAUAUAAGCGACAUAGCAAUUGAAAUAAUAAUAAUAUUAAUAAUAUAUAUAUUAUAUAUAUAAAUAUAAACAUAAAUAAAUAAAUAAAUAAAUAUAUAUAUAUAUUAUAUAUGGUGUCAGGAAAAAGUCUGACGACGAGUAAGAUGGAUAUGAUAUUUUAUCGAGGAGAUUUAGAUUUUGUAUUUUUCGCGCGUUUCGUCGACGGGACGACGGGUGGUCGGGGACGGCUGCGCGCUCACACAUACACACACAGAUACACACACGCACGCGAACACGUACGUACACACACGAACACGAACAAAGGCAAACACACGCCCGGAGACAAAUGAAAUUAUUAUAAGAAUUAUAUAUUAAAGAGGAAAAAAAAACGAAGAGAAAAAACAGAAAAAAAAAACGGCGCUUAAAAAGGGAAACAAAACGUUUUUUGAAGACGGCGCAUCGCGGGAACGCGUGAACCGGCCUCCCAAAACCCGGCUGAAAGAACGAGAACAAGGGAUAGAGAACAGAGCUGGGUCGGCCGUGUAUAUCCCGCCCCCGCGAUCGGGCACGGCCGACUUUCUCCCGUGAAGUGUUGUAUAUUCUUCGAGCUCUAGUAAUAGUCGAGUGACGGAAAGAUGAAAAAAAGAAAAAAGAAAGAAACAAAGCUCUUUCAAAGAAGGACUAAAACGAUGUAUCAUUCACGUAGGGAUCGACGACCCGUAUAUUUAGCUUUUCUUUGAAGAGUCGUAAUUAUAUUCUAUUAUAUUGCAUUAUUAAUAUCUCGCAUAGAUAUAUUGUAUGUCGGACGCUAUAUACGUGUCACCCCUACCGCGCCCUCUCGACAAACGGACGUCGCGCGUCGGUGGAGGAAGGACGACCGUGGUGUUUGAUUUCUUUUUUUUUUUUUAUUUUUAAAUUUCUUCUUGUCCCUCCGCGUUCGGUGUCCCCUUUCCUCUCGUCCUUCCUCGCGGACACGUCCCAUCCGGACGAGACUCGUGAUUUUCGAGACACCGGAGUCGUUCGUUUCAUACCAUGAUACUCGUCCCGCAACUCGAACGAGAGGGUGGCUUGGUACGUGUCUCUAUGUUCUUCUGUGUUCCGUUUUAUUUUUAUUUCUUUUUUUCUUGUUCUUUUCUUUAAAAAAAAAAAAGAAAGGAAAGAAACAAAUCGCAAACUUCUCGUUACCGAAAGGGAGAGAAAGCUGGAUGCAAACGAUCCUCGUCGCCCUCGAGCGUAACGACCGACGCGAUUAGGGGCUCGUUUGGUUGUGUUUGGAUCCUAAAGGAAUGGAAAAAGCCGAGGAAGGAAACUACACUAGUAGCCGUUAAGCAGGAGCCGAAUGGACCGUUCACGUUCCACGGUCCAUGGAAGCUCAUUUUUUUUUUUUUUUAUAUUUAUGCUAACUUCGAUUUUCGAGUUCGGUUUCCUAUAUAUAUAUAUAUUUUUUUUAUAUACAUAUAUAUGUACGUAUUUUACUCGCCCUCUAUUUUUCUUCGUAUUUCUUCUAACUAACUAACUUCCUCCUCUUUGUUUCGUUUCUUUGAAUCGUCGAAACUUCUUGUCAAUCGUUGCCAUUUUUAAACGAAGAUAUGCUCAAGUCGCAGCUCCGAACAAGUCGAGGUGUAUUAUUAAUACAUAUUAUACAUGAAUAUAUAUAUAUAAUAUAUAUAUACAUAUAUAUAUAUUAUAAGCGUCGUCUAGCGUUGACGGUGAUGAUGGGUAAAGAAAGAUGAUAUUUUUUCGAUCGUUCGAGCCGCAGCUCUGUAUAACAGGUGUCUCGGUAGUUUCUCAGCCAGGCUCACCCCCUUCGUUCGUAUAUAUUUUUUAACGAUAUUUUUAUUUUGUUCAUAUAUAUAUAUAUUUUUAUUUUUAAUUAUUUCGUUUUAGGUGUCUCUUCGUUCGCCGUGUGUUUCGUUUCGAACGUUUCCGAUCCCCCUCGCUCCACCCCAGGCCCCGUGACGAUCCCUCCCCCACGGCAACCCUCGUUCCCCCCUCGUGUCGUUCUCUUCGUUCGGAAAAGAGAAAAUGAAAAUGAAAAAGAAAAAAAAAAGUGAAAACUCUUCCUUCUUGUCGUAAACGCGCUCUUACGGAGCAAAGACUAACCUAACCGAUCAACCAGGACUGGUAUUACACACACGACUCGUCGUUGAUACACGUACACGGACAGACGGACAGUCUCUCGCAACGCAUGCAUACGUUUAAUUUUCACUGAUCGCGCGUGCGCACGCGGGCUAGAAAAUGAAUGGAAAAACAUGAUAUAAACCACACGCUCACACCCAAACGUCACACAUAUGCAUGAGAAUCGCGCUACGAUUGCGCACGAGUGUAUAUUAAUAUAUAAUAUAUAUAUAAUAUAUUAUUUGUUACUAUAUUGAAGCAUCACUCAUCUCGGACACACGUACACGCACACGGAACACAUACUUGCACACACACGUGCGAAUACGUAAUAUUUAUGCGAAGGUACGCAAAACAUACACAGGCACACACGUGCAUGCAUAUUAUACGCGGGCUCAAACAUUGAAAGCAGACAAGCGCGAACGCAAUCCAACGUGUAAGACGUACACAUACACGCAUACAUGUACACGCAAAUCGCGCACGUAUAAUUCACACGCACCCGGACAAACACCUUCAUACAUACACUUACACAAACAAAUAAAAAAAAAUCAUAUAUAUAUAUAUAUAUAAUCGACGCUCGAGAGAGAAAGAGAGAGAGGUUUAUUAUAUUUAAGUUCGAGGCAAAGUAAAUUCUAUAUUUUUUCUAUGUUAAGUAUAAAUUAGAGAGAGAGAAAAAAAAGAUGCGUAAAAGGUACGGUGAUGACAUAAACAUAUAUAUUAUAUUAUAUUAUAUUAUUAUAUUAUAUUAUAUAUAUUAUUAUAUUAUUAUUAUAUUAUAUUAUUAUAUUAUAUUAUAUUCUAUAUAUAUAUAUACAUAUAAACUAUAUUUAUAGGUAUUCUCUUUAGCAUCUACGUUCCGAUAUACGAUGAUGCCGCCGCGCGGAUUAUAAUUAAACAGAACAACAACAAUAACAGCAACAACAACAGAAAAAUGAAACAAAAGAAAGAGGAAGAUAGAGAGACAAGCAAAGAAAACCGAGAAAAACGCGAAUCGGCGCGUAUAAGUCUGAUCUGAUUCUCGCCAUUCGAGAUCAGGGGUGGGACGACCGAGACGGGGUUGGAGGGGAAAUCAAGAAAUUACGAGGCGAAGAGGGGAGUUUUCGCUCUCGUUGCGUUUUUUUUUUCUUCAAUUUUUUGACGGAAUUAAUCGGAAAGGAAACGUCACACGCGACACACGGGUUGCAGGCUGGCGGUGAAACGAACUUAGGUUCGACUUAAAAGGGUCCUUAUAAUUCGGUUCGAGAUUCGUCCAAGACUUACCCACGGGUUUGCUCUAUCGUCUCUUUUAUCGAGACGAUCGGAGGGAGAGACGGUUGGCCAAACUCGUGGAUUAAUUUCUGAUAAUCCUCUACUAUGGGGCUACUUAACUCUUUGCGGUACAAGAGACAGAGUUGUUUCGUGACCUUUCGCGCCCGAUGACGAUCGAAAGAAACGAAAGUGACGAGACACGCGACUGCGUGCUCUUGCUAAGUGGUCGCUGACAACUACGCUUGAACGGAUAUCUUCUAGGUGGCGAAUAGAGCCAGCCACCGCGCUGCAAAGAGUUAAUCAUCGCACGCGGGACACAGACAGAAAGUAAAACGCUGAGGGGUGUCUUCACGCUCGCGUCCACGCGCGAAAGUGUCUUUCCGCGGGGCCGUGAACGUAGAAAACGAAAACGGGACGAGGUUUCCCCUGGCGAGACGGGGAACAGGUGUGGAGAAAUCGAAAGGGAAGGAAAGGAGUUGGGUUGAGAUUGCCAGAACUCGGAGCGCGUCUCGGGAAUCGAACAAAACGCCUAGGGGUGUGUGUGUGUGUGUGAAUGAAGAACGGAGAAAGUGCAACCGCGAACCUUGGAAGCGUUUAGAAUCUGGCAAGUGAAAGAAUGGACUUGGCAGAGGAAAACAGACCCCGGCCACCGGAUGUUAAGCUACUCUCAUCGAAUGCUAUCGUAGUCUGACGUUUGGUGUGCUUUCUCUGAAAUCUCUGAAAUUUCUUCAGGAACGCACGAGACCGGGUAACAUUCAGGGUCGAAGUUCCACUUGUCAAACGCUGCAUACCGAAUCUCAAACGUAAAUUUCUCAAGUAAACUGGAGACAGGAGCAUCAAAGCUACCUGGCCAGGUGGAAAAGUUCUCCCGAGUCGAUUCUUUGACUUGCCAAAUCCUCAGCUUCUCGACUAAUAUCCAUUAGCCGCGGCUAUCUUCGAAGCUGCCUUCGAGAGGGGCGUUCGAAGCUCGAUGAUAUUCGAAACUCGCGUCACUGGAGCGUCUGCCGGACGCUUUGGAUUAUCCUUACUUAAGACUACUCGCGGUAUCGACGAACAGCUCGCGGAUAAGCUCGCGAACAGCCUUCUCGAUCGCGCGCGCAGAUCGUUCAACGUUACGCGAUCUUCCCUUCCACCGGAUACGCAAUUCCGGAAGACGAUACUCCUGGCGGUCCCUGGCAGAGACAGGCAAACUUCUUAUCUAGAUAAAAAUGUCAAAUAACGAACAAAAUACGGAAGAAUUGUAUCGGAUUCAGGAACAAAGAAACAUCUUAUUUUGGACUUCGGAACAAAUCAGGCAAGAGAAUUGGAUAAUUACAUUUAUCUUACCUGAUCACUCUGAAGACCAACGAGGAGCUUCUUGACCCUGGUGGUAUAUUCUGAGCAAAGUAGAAACAAGGAAGACCGUGUUCUCCUCCGUUCGCGCAGGGUAUUGAAGAGAAUAAAGUACGCGUUUUUGUGGUCUCGAGGGAUCGUCAAAGAUCGCGUUUACCUUAUUGUUCAAACUGAUACCAAAUUUCGAGAUGAUUCUAUUCGUUACUUGUUCGAUGAAAAUGGCAAUCUGAACUCCGAAAUGAGAUUAUAUUUAUAGAAACUUACUCGAAUAGCUCGGUAGAUCGUUGCGAAUAAGUUGCUGCAAGGUGCACCUAUUCGCGAGUCUUUUGCGUUAAAGUUUGCUCGUCUCUGGCUACCUGUUUCGGCGGCGAGGAGGCAGGCGUGGGAACGCGGCAAGCUUUGUCGAGAACCUCCGCUAGACUUUGGGACGACUCUGCUAGAUAACCACUUAACCGAUUCACGCAGCCUUCACUUUGGCCGAGGUUCCGACAAUCUAAUCGCGACAGAGUCAUCCUCGUCGCUGUGUCUCCUUUAUCCUCGUCAACGUCGUCGCUAUCCUCGUUGUUUCCUCGGUUCCCAUCGUUCUGGUCGCGACGAACACGGAGCACGGGUCCAGCCACGUAAACCACCCAUCGAAAGUACCGGGAACAGUCGCGACAACCGUGAACCCUGUUCUUCCGUUGCACAGGAUCACGCGCUAGGUCGUCAUAUCGCGUAAUCAUCAUUCGCAUCGUCGUUCUUCGAGCGUGCUCGUCGUUGGCUCGCUAUCGACGCGACGCGAGUAGCAUUUCGAGGUUGAACCGGAAGGAAGACGAGAUUUGCAGUGCCAUACGUAAAUCAAAAUGUCUAUACUCGUUUAUCGACGAACAUCGAUUUCUAGUUUACGUUGCCCGUUUAUGUAGUUUGUAUCAUCAGUUGUUCGCGUUUCGAAUACCUCGUUCCAGCGUUGGGCAGAACGUGACGCAUUCUGGGAAGUGACAAGGAUCCGAAGUUGUCCUGAUCCAUGGGAGGAGGUUGAAAGCCAUGGUGGUGUACGUUUUCCUCGCUUUAAUCCUUUGCGAUCCUAUGUCGAGCGAGACUCGACAAAAUUGUACUGGAAUCAGAAAAUUCGGAGUGCAAAGGGUUAAGGAAUGUUUUCAAUGAAUUUUCAUGUAUGGGUCGCGUAAAUGUGCACUGAUAAAUAUUUUAAGCAAUUUGACCUGCGCCACUGUGGUUUGUGACUCUUCGCGCAUGGGACAAGGACUUUCUAGUAAAUUUAGGAACACGGUAACGAUUAACAAAAUUAUUAGACGCUAGCUCUGGAAGAUUAGAAAUUAAAAACAUAAAACUCGUUAAAGCGAUCGAAAGUACUGCCCAACCCUGAUUUGCGUCCCCUACCAUUUUGUUUCCAAGAUGUGUCGCGACUAGGAGGCCGCAGCUUCCUGUAUCGAUGAUCUAGAGUCUACAGUCCAGACGAAAUGUUUGGUAUCGUCGCUGGUAGCAUGAUUUCCUGCCGCGAGACGCGAGCCACCGACGUUGUCUGACCAUUCGGCCCCUUUUUCACUUAACGCCGAGACCGAUUCAGUGGUAGCGGUCGACGAUGUGUCAGACACAGACUAGCACUCAAAACUUGCGGCGUUGUUCUUUUUCUCUCCAAGUGUCUUUCCACUCGAUUUUCUGUUUUUCAUUUUAAGUUGUUUAUGCGCUUUUUCGAGAGAGUUAUUAUAUAAGUAAAUUAUGUAAAUGGUAAAAAUAUAUAUAUAUAUAUAUAUAUAUAUAUAUAUAUAUAUAUAUAUAUAUAUUUUUAUAAAAUAUCUCACCGUAGCGUACCGCAUUAUUGUAUUGUUAUUUAAUCUAUUUUCGUUGUUUUAUAUAUAUAUAUAUAUCUCUCUAUACGAACGAAGUCUUAUUUUUUUAUCGAGCAACACGCAUAACGAAAGAAACAAAAAUUAUGAUGAAUUAUAUUAAAAGUAUAUUGGAAAAUUAAUUAUUGUUUUUAUUAAUCGUUUCUCGCCAGAGUAAGCCCGAAAAGAUACUCGAUUGCAAUUUUAACCUUGUUUUUUCUCUCUCUUUCGCGUUUUCUUGCACGGCAUCGUCUCUCGUAAUAACGAUAAUAUCGUCGCACGGUCGCUGGAGACUCGUAAACGGAACCGAUAUUAAAGCCACAGACGGCGUAGCGUUCGCGUCGCGUCGAGAACGAUUCAAUUUCGUUCGGUGCCGAUAUUUUACGAUCACCGCGGAACCGACCGCGUCGAAUGUGGUUCCAUAUAUCGGUACGAUGCGACAUGGUCUGACACAUUUCGACAAAUCACACAGAACACACGUCGGUGGACCGUUUCCACGCUCUGGACUUCCAGUUGUCGAUCCACGAUACCUUGCGAGGGCGUACUGGCGACUUUUAACGGCGCAGAGUAGUGCUCAUUGGCUCUGUCUGUUGUCUAACGUGACCCAAGAAAAAGAGUCUCUGUAAAGUUCACCGAGGAAAGUGGAAUUUUAACAGCUUGAAUAUCGACCAAUUCGUGGCCGUAUAAGUACCCAAGAAAUAAAUUAAUAACAUAAAUUUCACGCGGUAGGAGAUGAACUCGACCGAGCAGAGUUCGAUAAUCCCUAAUUCGCCCGUGCGCCCCUAGCUUAAAUCGAUACGGGAAUCGCGGCGGUCCUACCCCUCAAACGCAACGAACACUCGUGUAUUUUCCUCCAUUCCCAAACCCUCCCUUCCUCCUACUACCCGAGUGAAUACUUUCGCCACGACGAGCGAGCGAGCAUGCGUGCUGUGUAUCUUCGUAGCGCGUUCGUCUUAGGAGGCAUUUUUACCACUAAAUAACGUAAUGGAUAGAGCGUCUUAAGGUUAACUUAAUCGUAAUCGUAUUAAAGCGUAAUGUUUAAUGAUUAUUAAUAGCCAUUGGCUGUGACCGAUAACUGCCAUUUUCGUAGAAAAAAAAAAGAAAAAAAAGAGGACACGUUCCGAGCGAACAGUCGCCGCGCGACGGGACGAGAACGAUUCGAUAGGUGCGUGUUUAGACAUACACAUACAAAAAAAAAAAAGACACAUUCUCACGUAUAAUACUGACACGCGAGACGAUCCAAGCUAAGGGAAGCUCGCGACGUGAAGAACGAGUCAGGGUGGCGCGUAUCGAGGACGAUCUGACGACGGUGGGCGACUGGGAUGGGCGAAGCAGUUGUACGGAUAAAAAUUUUUUUAACGACGCGUAAGAGAUAAACUAUAUAACAUUUUUAUCCUUUAUUCGACGAUACCAAACUCCGAGUCGAGGGAAAAAAUUCAUAGCGGUGCGUGAGUCAUCUUCUUCUCUCAUCUUGAGGAAGCUUCUCUCUCUCUCUCUCUCUCUCACUUGCACAAGUUCAUAUUUCAACAAUAAGCUUUGACAUCGCUAUGACUUUCGGCCCUUCGAUUAUAUUUUCAAUGAAAUCACACGUUGGACGAAGGAAAAUUUAUGCGAGUAACUGUCCAAUCGAGUAAACGUUGCGAAUGAAUACUGGGUUUUUAUUCGAAGCGGAUUUUGCCCGUCUCUGACGCGAGGUAGGAUUUAGGGAUCGACGUGGAUCACGAAUUCGAGGGUGGCGAGAGACGCUGGCUACUCCCGCGAGUAAGACGGACGGUAAUUACGUAGAUGAUUGACUGCCUCGUCGAUUUCGAUGAUCUUGAAAUUUGUUGUCAAGGUCACUAUUCUGAUCAAUUUUUCUCUAUACGUGUUAUCGCCGCUCGGCCUUGACUUCGAUAAAACAAAAUUUAUUUCAUAUUAAAUUGUACUGUAUUAAAAAUGGGUAUCGAUAUUAGUGUUUUUGUAAGGGGGUAAGCAAAACGAAUGUAGUAUGUCACUAUUCAAAACUUGGGGGAUGUUUUAUUUUUACGCAGGGGAAACAAAUGUUUGAAAUUAUGGCUUUGAACCGACAGUAGGUGAAUGAGCUUGACAACAUAUUUCAAGGUCAUCAAAAUCGGCGAGGUCGUAAGUCGUCUGCAUAAUUAUCAGAUGGACGCUCGAUUUGAGCAUCAACGCACGCUGAACGCUCAUAGGCGUCUCCAGCAGGUUGUCGAUCGCUCGACACGGUAAAGGUCGUCGAAGGGUUAAGGGCGAUCGUUCGGAGGAACUUAAAACGUAAGAUUGACAGGAGGGUGAGACGACGCGCGAGUAAUCGAGAGCAUUGCGAGGACACGUACACCCACACGACGAUACAUAUCUCAAAGAAUAAUAACUAAACAUUAAGGGAGAUUAUAGAAGUUAGUAGACGUCAGAGUAAUAAUGGGAAUCUAAACGAGACGGGAAGAGGGGAGAUGAAGUAAAAAAGAAAAAAAACACAGAAAACGGAUGGAUGAAUUAAGUA